AUGUCCACACUCCCACGCUCUGGCCCUCAACCUCAAACACCACCAACAAGCACCCCAUCUCCCGAUACAAAGAGAUCAGCAGCAUCCGAUCUUGAUCGAGACAAAACAAUCAAGUCACCUCCAGCAUCUACUGGACCGAGUUUUCAUCGUCUCAAUUCGUUGAACAAUGUAUCAAAAGCACUCAACCAUUCUGCACCGUCGGAUAUGAAUCAUGGGGAUUUGUUGUGGAGGAGUAUAUCGGCUGCGUGUUUGCCGUUGUAUAAUGGGGAGGGAGUGAAGGGAUCGAUUGAGGAUGUGAAUGAUGUUGUCAGACAAUGGGUCCUCGAAACAACCGCCCUCCUCGUAAUAGACGACAUGGACCGUCUCUUCAAAGGCGGUAUGUCAAUCCUAUCUACAAAGCUAGUAUCCGUCAGUGAGGAAACGCUGCCACUACGAGUCGUAGAGAUAUGGACGUUUUAUUUUGGAACCGUGCUGCCGUAUCUGCAGGCCGUGUUCCUACCUGUGAGGGCUGGGUUGAAGGCUAAAGAGAGUGGCAAUGUGAAUAAGGGAGGGAAUGGAGUUGAUGGGGAUGUUUGGACAAUGUGUUUGGUGGCGUUUCGUGAUGUGAUUGUGCAGGGACAUAUGAGUCGGUUGGAAGACGCCUUCCCGAAACUAUUCAGACAAGUCGACUCGGAUGCUAGGCGUGUCAAGGAUAUAGGAUCAAGAGCUCUUCAAAUGUUUUCUAUAUUGGGAGCUUUGCCUGCUAAUGAUGAUAAGCAACGGAUACUAAACAAGGCCAUGACGAAUCUCAACAAACUGGUUCGAAGCAAGAUGGCGCAAACGGGUAUGAUUGCAUCCAAUCCGCAAACGUAUGGCAGUAUACCUCAACUAUAA